AGAAAUAAAUUUGAAGGGUGAGUUGGAGGAGCAAAUCCUCCAUAUUUGAAGACAUGGAGGAUGGGUUGGAGAUGCUCUAAUUGGCCGGUUCUGAGAGCUCUACCGUCAAAGAAUGACGACCGUCGUGCCAACAUCGGAGGAAGAUCCAGCGCUGUCCGUCGUCCGCUUCACAUCGGAGGUUUCCUGGGCCGACGCCGGCCCCGAGGUUGUGGAGGCACAAGUGAAAAGUCUAUCCUUAGAAGCACAGGAAUGCAUUGUGAUGGGAAGAUGGUUGGAUUUGGCCUCACUUAUGCUCACCUCCGCCGACUUGAUAUUUUCUAAAGUUUCCGAGAAAGAUCUUGAGUGCAUUUUCACUGUUAUUUGCAAUCUUGUCACAAAGACUGAAAGUUUGGAUGAAUCACUAGAGAUGGCAAAGCUUAUAUCCACAAAAAUCACCCAACAACCAAAUGACAAGCCUGCACUGCGCUUGAAGAUUGUGUUCAAUCUGUACAACCUACUGGAGAAUUCGUACAGCCGGUUCUUUGUUUACAUGAAGGCCCUUGAUCUAGCAGUCAAUGGGAAGGUCACUGAACAUAUUAUACCUUCUUUUAAAAAGAUGGAUAACUUAUUGACGGAAUGGAAUAUUGGGGUCCAGGAUCAGAGAAAACUCUAUUGCACCAUCGCAAAUAUCUUGAAAGAAAGUAAAAGCUCAGCAAGGGAUUCUUUCAAAUUCCUGGCCAAAUAUCUGGCAACUUUUUCUGGUGAAGAUGCAUAUAAUAUUGGGGAAGCCAAGGAGGAAGCUGUCUGCACUAUUAUUGAAUUUGUGAAGGCACCUGACAUGUUUCAGUGUGAUUUGCUAGAUAUGCCUGCUGUGGCACAAUUGGAGAAAGAUGCUAAAUAUGCUUUUGUAUAUCAGCUUCGAAAGAUCUUUCUAACACAGCGGCUGGAUGCAUACUUGGAUUUUUAUGCAGCAAAUUCCACUUUGCUGAAAAGCUAUGGUCUUGUCCAUGAAGACUGUUUAGUAAAGAUGAGGUUGAUGUCAUUGGUAGAUCUUGCCUCUGCUGAAUCUGGCCAAAUUUCUUAUCCACUAAUCAAGGACACUCUCCAGGUUAAUGAUGACGAGGUAGAAAUGUGGGUAGCUAAGGCAAUCACAGCAAAGUUAAUUGAUUGUAAGAUAGAUCAGAUGAACCAAAUUGUAAUUGUAAGCCGCUGCACUGAGCGCAUCUUUGGGAUGCAUCAAUGGCAAACCCUCCGAGAAAAGCUAGCAACAUGGAGGGGUAAUAUAACCAAUGUCAUUAGCACCAUUCAAGCUAACAAGAUAACGGAAGAUGCCACACAAGCAGUGCAGGGCUUGAUGAUACGUUAAAGUGCCCUGUCAUUUGCAAUCGAGUUCCGACCACAUCCUCCUCUUUGUUAAGUGAUAGGUCAGGCCCAAACUACAGUAGUUGCGAUUCUCUUUUGUUUUAGUUGAACUGAAUUUAUAUACCAUGGAAAUUUUGACGAAGACAGGUCCUUUUUAUAUAUCCUCCAACAUUUUGAUGUUUGAUGGGAUGGAAUGUAUCAUUAGCACACACGUAUUUUAUUUUUUCUUUAUCAGAGAGCUAGGCUUUUGGUUGCAUAGGCCAUCUCACUUUACCUGCUUAAUUUCUGUUUCUAAUGGUUAAUUACAGGAAGUGAUGACCUUACAAAAUGAUUGAAAUGGGUAUAUUGCGAUUUGGCUAUU